ACGAACAGAACCCAACUCUCGACGAUCAAGCCAUCGAGAGAGCAUCAGUGCCACACACUUAAAUCAACGCCAGCCCGAGUCUCGAACCGAAUCGAAGGAAACCAGGGCGGAACAGAAGAAGAAGAAGAGGAAGACAAUGGCUGAAAAUAAGCAGUUGGAUCUGAACGCAAAGUGGGAUGCCUAUCUCGAUUUGGGUCUCCGCCGCUUCGCUUACUCCUCCUUGGCCGGUGCCAUCGGUGGUCUCUUGCUCUUCAGGAGCCCUGUAACACGUUGGGCAUCUUUGGCUUUUGGUGCUGGAGUGGGUAUUGGGUCAGCAUACACAGAGUGCUCAUACAAGUUUGAUGGAUCUCCUGCAAAGCUAUCCACCCCCACAAUUUCAGAUACUCCAGCUUCUCUAGAUGGACAGGAAUGAGUGCAUAAAGUCGUCGUGUUCUUGGAUACCAAACUGAACUUUCUGGGCUUUCAAUUCUUUCUAACUUUUGGCUUUUUUUCGGAUGUUGCAAUAAUCAUGUAAUGCAACGAAUGACCUGGAGCCUGGGGGGGAGGGGGGAAGAGAGAGAGAGAGACAUCACAAGCCUUAAUCCUGUCUAGGGUUGGCCAUAUAAAUUUUACUUAUUUCAACCAUCUCUAUUCAUGAUUAUAUAUUUUCUGUAUC